AUGUCGCUCCGACGAUCUGCCCGACUGGGCGCUAUUCCAUCACUUACAGCUCCGAUGUCAAGCUCAGCACCAGCACCAGCACCGGCACUCAAAGUGACAAGAGUACAGCACAACAACAGUAUCACCAAGCCACGCAAACCCACAAUUAAAAAGGCAACCACAAAAGCACCAAAGAGCAAACACACAACACCUCCACCUCCCACAACAAACUCAUCAUACUGGGACCCAACACCCACCACCACCGCCAGACCCUCCACACCACCUCCAUUAAACCGCCCGGUCGACCCGCACCGAACAAACGCAACCCUCCUUACCCCCCACGGCUCCUCAAUAAACGCCUACCCAACAACCCUCGCCGAAGCCUCGCCCUCGAAAACCGGCCUGCCCCGCCCAACCGCAACAACAGGAACCCUCCCAGACCAAGGCCUCGCCCACCUCAUCGCAACAGACCCGCGCCUAAAACCCGUCAUCGAAGCACACCCAUGCCCGCUCUUCUCCCCCGCCGGCCUGGCAGAACAAAUAGACCCCUUCAAUAGUCUUACCAGCAGCAUCAUCGGUCAACAAGUCUCCGGCGCAGCGGCCAAGUCCAUUCGGAAUAAAUUCGUGGCAUUGUUUAACCUGCCGGGAACCGCUGCUGCUGCGAGCGCAGGGGCGGGUGCGGAUGCAGGCGUAGCAGAAGGAGGACUUGCACAUUCACGAUUUCCUACACCUGAUAUCGUCGCGCGGUGUGACCUCCCAACCUUACGGACAGCGGGACUAAGUCAGCGCAAAGCAGAGUAUAUACAGGGAUUGGCGGAGAAGUUUGCGAGCGGGGAGCUUAGUGCGAGGGUUUUGGCGACGGCGUCAGAUGAGGAGCUUGUUGAGAGGCUGACGGCUGUUCGAGGGUUGGGGAAGUGGUCUGUUGAGAUGUUUGCUUGUUUUGCGUUGAAAAGGAUUGAUGUUUUUUCGACUGGGGAUUUGGGAGUCCAACGAGGAUGUGCUGCUUUUGUUGGGAGGGAUGUUGGUAAGUUGAAGGGUAAGGGUGGUGGUAAGUUUAAGUAUAUGUCGGAGAAAGAUAUGCUAGAGUUGGCUGCCAAGUUUGCGCCGUACAGGAGUCUUUUCAUGUGGUAUAUGUGGCGGAUUGAAAAUGUUGAUGUUGCUGUUCUUACUGGUUGA